AUGGUUCUUGAAAGAUUGGUAAAUAUGGUGCUAGGAGGAGCAGCGCUUACAGUGUCAGUGUUCCUGGCUGCUUUGUACGUCUAUCAGAAUAAGCUUGUUUACCCUUCGUGGGCUCAAGGAGCACGCCAACAUGUGGAUACACCAGAUAUGUAUGGGCUUCCUUAUAAGGAGCAGAGGCUGGUGACGAAAGAUGGGGUAGAGAUUCGAGCAUUUGAUAUUCGAAAGAGUGGGUCGAAGGCUACGUUUUUAGUAUUGGCACCGAAUGCUGGAAACAUUGGGUAUUUCCUAUCUGUAGCAGAGAUGUUGUACAAGCAGUUUAGUGUGUCUGUGUUCAUGUAUUCUUAUCGUGGAUACGGGUAUUCGCAGGGGAGUCCAAGUGAGCAAGGACUAAAGUUAGACGCUGAUUGUGUGAUGGAGUUUAUGAGCCAUGAUGACUUCUAUUCGGCACAGAAAAUUGUACUCUAUGGAAGGUCAUUGGGAGGAGCUAAUGCUAUAUAUAUUGCAAGGAAAUAUGGCUCUCUUUGUGAUGCCAUGAUCCUGGAAAACACAUUUUUAUCGAUUCGAAAGGUUAUCCCUUAUGUGUUCCCCUAUUUGAAAUAUUUCUCGUUUAUGUGCCAUGAGGUGUGGAACUCUGAGGCGGAGAUGCCAUUGGUUUAUGAGGACCUGCCUGUGUUAUUCUUAAGUGGUCUGAAGGAUGAAAUUGUACCGCCAGACCAUAUGCAGAAACUAUAUGAUCUGUGUCGUAGUAGAACAAAAGGAUUCUUCACCUUCCCGCUUGGAUACCACAACGACACAAUAGUUCAAAGUGGCUACUGGGAUAUUGUCCACGAUUUCUUGGAAAAACACAUGAUUCUAUGA